UCUACCUUUAUCCAACGUCAGGUCUUCCGAGAAACAAAUCUUUCGGAUCUCUUUUUCGGAAGUGUCACAAAAAUGGCACCGCCCAGAACAUGGUUUUCAUAACGAGACAUACUUGUAUUCCUGAAACAGCACCCACAGUCAACUAGUCUAACUGCCAAGCAUCCAUUGACAGCCCAACGAUAGAAGUUGUUGUUUGAGCUGGACGAUGCGAUACGAUACGAUGAGAUCCCUUGAGGACGACGAACGCCCGUUGUCAAUGUCUGAGUUGUUGGACCAGUUUACAAUGCCAGAGACAGUGGCUCCCACGGAAGGGCGUCUCGGUACCAGUGUCCCACCUGACAACAACCCCCUGUGCAAAGCAUGGGCCCGUGCUGGAGAGUGUCAGCUCAAUCCUAGGUUUAUGGAAGUUCAAUGCGCCACAUCCUGCAGCAGCCCGAUUAAAUCUCCUUGGGGAUUGCGUUGCCCCAAUGUUCAGAACUUUAUCUACGAUGGCACAAAGUGCGACCCAGGCUAUUGGUGUGGAUGUGCCGAUCCCAGUGGAAAUCUCUGUGAACCUUCCAAUGGGACCCUCACAGCCUGGGUAGGACAAUACACGCAGAAAGCAAUUGGAGGUUCCAAAGUCUACGUGGGAUUGUCACCCUAUUUCCCAGAAGAAUACUUCAAGUGCAACGACACACUCUAUUGUCCAGGAAGCUCAAACCCUCAAUUCUGCCCACAACUAUGCAAUGCCAGCAGCUACUGCCCAAACGCAACCACACAACUCGAUUGUCCCGAAGGACACUACUGUCUCAUGGGAAGCACAGAGCCCACAAAAUGUAACUCACUUCAUACCUGUCCGGAAAAAUCCGUCCUGUACCACAACAACUUGGAAUCGGGACUUGUCAUGCUUGUGGCCGCCGUUUGUUUCCUCCUACUCAAUAUUGCCAAUCGCAUGCUCAAGGACGUCGAGGCCAUUGAAGACAAUGAAGACAAUUGUCAAACCUACAAGAGCGUGCGCGUCAACAUUUCCAAUAGACCCUCGCUUGCCAAUACAAGGACCUAUUCCACCAUGAAGAUUCAGGGCCCCAGUCAAAAGAUUGACAUGUCCUUUCGGGAUUUGCAACUCACAUUGCCCAAUGGAUUGUGCAUCAUGGAGGGUGUCAGUGGACAAAUCAAUCAUGGAAGUUUCUGUGCCAUUCUCGGGCCUUCGGGAGCGGGGAAAACGACCUUUCUCAGUCUCAUAUCCGGAAAGAACGACCCCACCGGUGGCCAACUAUUGGUCAAUGGAGAGGAAGGCACCACUCUGGCGCAGUAUCGACGCCUCGUAGGAUUCGUACCGCAGGAAGAUAUUAUGCUACGAGAAUUGACCGUCUACGAAAAUAUUCGACAUGCCGCCAUGAUGCGACUACCGGCAUCCAUGUCCAAAAAGAAAAAACUCAAACGAGUACAGCAUGUCAUGGAAAGUCUCGACUUGAUGCACAUUAAACAUACUGUCGUGGGAGAUGAACUCAAAAGAGGCAUCUCGGGUGGACAACGCAAGCGAGUCAACGUGGCCAUGGAACUGGUAAUGGAUCCGGCACUCAUUUGUUUGGAUGAACCAACAUCUGGACUCGAUUCGACGAGCUCUGCCAUGCUUUGCGAAAGUCUCGUGGCUCUGGCACGCCUCGGAGUCAACGUGUCCGCUGUACUGCACCAGCCCAAGACUGAAAUCUUUGACAUGUUCGACACGGUAUUACUUUUGGGUGUGGGCGGGCGGACGGUCUACCUUGGACCGGCGGCUGAGAUGGUCGACUACUUUGCUCGAAUAGGAUUCCCGCUACCGCCGCGGACCAACCCGUGUGAUUAUGUCAUGGAUGUCGUUGCAGGAGUCGUUCCGUGCGAGGAUCGGCCAGCCUUUUUGAAAGAGGAACUGUUUGAACUUUGGGAAACGGCGCCGGAAAACCCAGACAAUUGUAUUCCAGAAAGUGACGAUCCACCCACACGACAAUCAUUAAAGCAGGAACAACCGCUAAGCGAGAGCGUUCUCAACAGAGGAAUGCGUCUCGCCGCGACCGUGGCGACGCAAAAGGACCAUUGGUUUUCACUCGCCAAACACGUUUUCGAUGUUGGCAACUCAGAUGUGCGUCAAGUGCCUGGUUUCUUUGGCCAAACAUCGUUUUUGUAUCGUCGAGCCGUGCUGCAGCGUGUUCGAGUGCCUGCGAACACCUUCUGGCCACUGUUGCUGUCCGUCUUUGCCGGUGCCAUUACUGGUGGUGUGGCAAAUGCUCUGGGUACAACGCCUUUUAACUCCUUGCAGCCAAUCUACUUCGGAGUUUCAUAUCCGAGGUUGGACCCCGACAAGGCCAGCUUCUUUUUCUUGGAGAACUGGCCAAUACCCCCAUCUAACAAUGUGGUCCAGCUGUGGCAAAUCACUGGGCUGGUGAUCUUACUGGUUUCGGUGCAGGGAAUCAAUGUCUUUGGAAAGGAACGGGCUGUUUUCUUCCGUGACGCUUCUGGCGGUACACUCGUGUCCGCCUACUGGACAGCCAAGACCUUUGAAGUGUUUUUGUGGUUGCCACUCUUCUCAGCCCUCUUCUCUGCAACCAACUACCUCAUUCAACCCUUGGUGAUGAACAUGGUCGACUAUUGGCUUAUAGCCUGGAUGUCCUUCAUUGGGUUCUAUGGUAUCGGAGGCUGCGGGAGCAUCUUGGUUGGAUUGGAGAACCGAGGAAUCGUCACUCUAGUGACAGGGUUGCUCUGUCUCCUCUUGUUCACUGGUUUUCUGUUUCCUUUCAAUGACAAAUGGUAUUUCAAGCCGUUCUUCACCUUCUGGGUGGCACAAGCCUUCAAUGAACGCAUGUAUGACGUCUACGAUGAGGUUUUUGACACAAGAGGCUUGAACAAGGGCGGUGCUGGGUAUAACUUGGACACCACUUUCCAGUUCAACGUCGGCAUGGCCUUUGUCACAGGGUUUGCUUGGCAUCUUAUGACUCUUGUGCUUCUCAAGUGUGUUGACUUUCGAAAGCAGCGUUGAGCUUCCCUUUAAAUUUCAUCACAACAACAAGCAACAUUUUGCUGUAUGCCGUGGCAAUUCGAAUGAGAAGAUAAAAACACUUCAACAGAAAAGUUUUGGCCUGCCUCCAUAUAUGUACAGUUGGAUUUCAAAUUCCCGUCUUCUGCGUUGACAUUGGCUAUACUGCUGUUCCUUGUUUGCUGUGGCUUACUUGUUGAACCUGAAACUUGCUUUCCUUGUAGACAUAUACGUACCUGGUAGUUGUUGAAUAUUGGCUCUGGUCCAAAAGAUCCAGCAGACGCGGGAUACAGAGUGGCAUGAAUGCACAUCUAAAAUAAUAAUAAUGUAGCUAGUAUGGAUUAGAUGUAGUGCGAGCUAGUAGAAGGCAACGAAGACGAAGUACAUUUACAUGGUACUGUACCGCU